AUGACUAAAGAAGUCGAAGGAAAAAAAAGUGAAACGGAUGCCAAAAGAAGCAAAAAAUCGGAAACACUCGACGAAAACGAGCGUGAAACAAAAAAGUUAGAGAAUUUGGAAAAGGUAAAAUUAUCCAACGAAAUUCAAUGGGCAAAGAUUGCAACUUUCAGUCUAGUUGGUGCCGUUGCAGCUGUUGCCAUUGGAGUUUUGGUACAAAUUGUCUACGAGAAAUAUGUUAUAAAGCCUCUUCAAGAAAAAACAUUCCCAAAUCGCCUCCCGUUAGACUAUGAAAAUAGGAUGAUAGUUGUAGCUGAUAAUGCUUCGAUUAUUGGAUUCCUGCGUUUACCAACGAAAGAAUCUAUUGGUAAAAUUCGACUAGUAAAUGGAAAGGAACCUGUUCCAAUUUCUAGUUUGGAUUGGUUCCAAUUCUUCGAAGGAGACGCUCACUCUUUUGGAAAACUGCAAUUUCAUUGAAAUGGAUCCGAGAACAUUUUGAAUAUCGUCGAUGGUUUUCAAGAGGCCAUAAACCUCCCAUACGAUCAAAAUUCGACUUUUGGCGAUUACGACGAUGCAAUUGCAAAAUUCUCUAUUUAUUCGGAGCAAUUCUCCAAAAUCUUUGAUGAUAUUUAUAAGCUCAAGGAGAAGAAUCUUCCGAAAUUCUAUCAAGACAUGGGAAAGGCAGCACUAGCAUCAACCCUUCACAGCCUUCAAAUUGAAGGAAUCUCGAAAUAUUCUGGAUUGAGAAAUGGAGUUUUUGACGACAAAUAUGAUUCUCUUUCUAUCUCAACUAAAUUUGGCAGUCAGUUAGAGUUGGUGGACGAACAAGUUUUCCCACUGAUUGCUAUUUUGAAAAUUGAUAGGAACACUGCUUUGGUGUCAUGGAUAAAUAAAAUCAACGAACUUAAUGAAGGAGCUUCAGCAAUAUCUAAUGGAGAUUAUGCGCUAGAUAAAAUUCAACAGCCAAUGCUUUUCCAAUUGGUGAAAGCUUUGAAUAAUGAAAGAGCGAACGAUAAGUUCCUAGCUGAAAUUUAUUCGAAACUUGACAUAAUUGCGGCAGAGACGUUGAGGAAUUCGAGAAAAUCUAACUAUACAUGGAUAGGGACAGGAACAGGAAUUUUUGGAAAAGGAAACACCAACAAAAAUUCGCCUUCAUUGGAAUUAGUUUCGCUUUUGGAGGAUGUUGCUGCUGUGAUGAGCGCAAUAACAAAAUCAGAUAAAGAUCUAAUCCUUUAUGAGACGGAACUUAGAGAAUUGCGUCAAAUAAAAGAUGAGCUAUUGAAAUUGGACACGUUAUCUCCAACAGAUAAAUUUACUCCAUUAAUUUUGGGCCAGUUUGAGCCAAACUCAGAACAUCUUAAAACGAUUCUGUCGACAUUGGAUACAAAUCCAAAUUACGGAAGGUUGGGCUUCCAUGAAUCCGAUAAAGUUGGAGCAUCUUUUGCAGCAAACUAUUUUCUGCUAGGCUCGUUGAAAAAGUAUUCCGAAAUGUCGGGGCCAAUGCAGAAUGCUGCACACGUACAAUAUUCGGUUUUGAAAAACAAUCUCAUUGCAAUUACGGCAAAAUCCUUUAAAAACGCAAAGUUCAUGUUUUCCCAUUAUGACUCGGAAGGAAAUGGCAAAGGCGUCAAGGGAUCGAGCAACUCCGCUGUCAUUCUGCCAAUAAUGGCCGAAAUAUUUUAUUAA